GACAUUCUUUUCAUCCACAUCCUGUAACCUCACGUUGACUGUCAUACGAUUGUUGUUACAUUGGGUGUCUCUCUUUUGAACUCUGUUUUCUUAAGCCUAUGACGGUGAGAUGGAUGGUUAGCAUAUCUCACUGGCAGCUGAUGCAUGUAACAAUGUGUCCUUUCAUGUACAGCCCGAGUGUCUAAAUUCCCUGCAAGUCAGUCAAAGAGGUCCAAUAUGCUAGGUUGAAUUUGAAGCCUGAAAGCAUCUGCUCUCCUCUUCCUCAGCUUCCUGGUUAGCUUCAUGGUGGAUGCAAGGGGUGGAUCCAUGCGGGGCUGCCGCCACAAUGGUCUGCGCAUCAUCAUCCCGCCUGGGAAGUGCAGCGCCCCCACACGAGUGACCUGCCGGCUGGUGAAAAGGCACCGCCUGGCCAGCAUGCCCCCCAUUGUUGAAGGCGAGGGUCGAGCCAGCAGGUUUAUUGAGGUUGCACCGUUUGGAGGCCAGCUUCUUGGUCCUGUAAUUGUGGAGGUGCCCCACUUUGCUGCUCUGCGUGGGGGCGAGCGUGAGCUUGUUAUCUUGAGGAGUGAAACGGGCGAGAGCUGGAAGGAGCAUCAUUGUGAGCACACCCAAGAAGAACUCAACCAGAUCCUUAACAGCAUGGAUGAAGAACUGGACUCUCAGGAGGAGCUCCAGAAGAAGCGCAUUUGCCGCAUCAUCACCAGGGAUCUCCCACAAUACUUUGCUGUGGUGUCACGUGUUAGGCAAGACAGUAUUUUGAUUGGUCCCGAAGGAGGCGUCCUGAACAGCACGGUUGUACCCCAAGUGCAAGCUGUUUUUCCUGAGGGGGCCCUAACCAAAAGGAUCAGGGUGGGCCUGCAGGCCCAGCCAGUGAGUUUGGAUAUUGUCAGAAGGACUCUUGGGAACAAGUCCAGCUUCAGCCCCAUCGUCACUCUGGAGCCCCGUCGAAGGAAGUUUCAUAAACCCAUAACCGUGACGAUCCCGGUCCCGAAAGGUAACUCUGACCCAGUCCUCCACAGUUUGGGACGGGACACCCCAACCUUACGACUGCUCUGUAGUAUCACAGGUAAGACCGGACUCACUGGACCACCACAAGCAUACA